AGUAACUGACUGACCCUGUUGCCAAUCAAAACAACAAUUUGCAACGAAAAUGUCGGUCAUCAGCUGGUUAUGAGGCACCAAGAUUGUUACUUUGUACUAAGAAACUUCGAAACCAAUACCUUACAUGAAACAGAAGGCUCAAGGUGACAAUGGAAACAAAGAUGGGGAAAUCCUUGCCAGACCGUAUGAAGGAUAUGUUAGAUAACCAGCUGAUGUGUGAUAUUACGUUCAAUGUCGGACCAAACAAGUCACCAACCAAAGCCCAUAGGUACAUGCUCGCCAGCGCUAGUCCUGUGUUUUACAGAAUGUUUGACGGUCCUUUGGCAGAAAAGGGGGUUGUUGAUAUUCCCGACGUCAGAUAUGAAGAUUUUAGUUUAAUAUUACAGUAUAUAUAUACUGACACAAUAGCUUUGGACUUUGAAAAUGUUGGAGGAGUUGUAUAUGGAUCAGACAAGUAUAUGUUACAAUCUCUGAAAGACCAAUGUAGUAAAUUUUUAUCUACAAAUAUAGAUAUUGAACAUGCAUGUACUGUAUUUCAAACUGCACAUGAUUUCCAAAUGAAGGAAUUGGAAGAGAAAGCACUGAAUUUAAUUCUAAAGAAAGGAAGAGGAUGCCUAAAAUCACUUGAUUUCCUACAUUUAUCUGCGGAAUGCCUUCAACUAAUUGUACAUUCUGAUAAAUUAGUUUGCGAAGAGGAAAAUGUCUUUGAAAGGAUGAUCUUAUGGGCAAAACAGAGGUGUGAAGAACAAAGUAUAUUGAUGACAGAUCACAACAUAAGACAAUCUCUUGGUGAUUUAUUAUACCUUAUACGAUUCCCUUGUAUGGAUCCAAAUUUUUUCACGGACGAAGUUUCAUCGAAGUGCAUUCUUACCCUUAAGGAAAAAGAUGAGGUUUAUAAACAUUUCAAUGACAAACAGACUGACAUUUUCUCUUCGAAGGGUCGCCUAUCCAAGAUUGUUCGUGUUCAAAGGUGUAAAGUAGAUACAAGUACUAUUUGGGGUUAUUAUGGUCUAGAUGAUCAUUGUGUUGAUUUCCAAACGUCGAAAGAUGCGGAAUUGUCAUCCGUUCUUCUGUUUGGAUCUGAAAAGUAUUCAGGCUCCAGUGAAAUAACAAUCAAUAUCUUACAUGGUUGUUCUGUUCUUAGUACCAAACAAACAAAAAUAAACUCUAUCUCAGGCCAAGAAAUUUAUGAAAUAUGGUUAGAACCUUCAGUGAAUUACCAAACAAACAAAAAUAAACUAUCCCAGGCCAAGAAAUCUAUGAAAUAUGGUUAG